AUGGCCGACAUCACUGACCAGCACGACCAAACCACCCCAACCGAGCUCGACGACGCGCACUCGGUCGGCAAUGGAAACUCGGUCGCCGGAGAGUCUCGUGGCAUCAAGCGCGCCCGACCUAGCACUGCCGACGACGACGAUGACGACGACGAGAAGGGCGGCCGUGAGCGUCGCAAGAUUGAGAUCAAGUUCAUCAGCGACAAGUCGCGCCGCCAUAUCACAUUUUCCAAGCGCAAGGCUGGUAUCAUGAAGAAGGCCUACGAGUUGUCAGUCUUGACAGGCACCCAGGUGCUCCUCCUCGUCGUGUCCGAAACUGGCCUCGUCUAUACAUUCACGACGCCGAAGCUCCAGCCUCUGGUUACCAAGUCCGAGGGCAAGAAUCUGAUCCAGGCCUGCUUGAACGCGCCAGAGCCUUCUAGCAGCGCUGAGAAUGGUGUCGACGACGCUAAUGCCGUCGACUCCCCCGAGGAGCCGCCCAGCAGCCAUCUUCCUCCUCAGCAGGGACGACCUGGAAUGCCGCAGCCUCACGCCAUGCCUCCCAACUACAUGCCCGUUGGCGGGAUGGACCCCAGCGCGAUGGCUUAUCAGAACUACGUGAGCCAACAGCGCGGCGGCCAAUACAUGCCGCAAUCCGGUCUGCAACAGCACGCUGGUCACCAGUCGUAA